AUGGCGGACUCGGGGCUCGUCAAGUCGGAGUUCGUCAAGGACGAGCCGGCAGCCUCGCCAAUGGCGCUUGACGAGGACGACCUCUUCGAAGAUGCCGGUGAUCUCGACUUUUAUGACAAGUCCGCUCCCGGAAAUACGUUUGAGACGCUGUACCUUGCGCGCAUCCCAAAGUACAUGUGGGAUGCGUGGAUCAAGCUGACGGAGAAGAUGGGCGACGACGAGGAGAUUCAGAUUGGCACGCUGCGGACGUGGAACGAGCCUCAGAUGGACACAUUGGCGGAUGGAACCCCUCGCGAGCUUACGAAGCUGCGCAUGCUCCUCACCGCAAACACCCCAGAGCACCAGCUUCUCCCUCGAGAGUACGACCUGGAGAUUCUCGACCAGGACGUGAACAAUUCUUUUAUUUUCAGCGAGGAGGAUCUGCCGGGCUACAAGAACAAGACGCGCUCGGAUGCGGCUAGUGCUGGAAUACCGCUCGCCUUGCUGCGAUCGAGAGGAAAUGGCAAUGGCGGGUCCGAGAGGCCAACUUAUGACCGCAGGAGUCGAUUCCAGCCAUACUACCGCAAGGCUAUCCCGAAGAAAACCAAAAUCUUUGGAAAGAUUCGAUACGAUCUGCGUGUUGAGCCACGAAACCUCCGAGAAGAAGAAGAGCUCUUGGCGAAGCGCAUCUUCGACGCCGAAAAUUCCAAAACGAAACUUCAGAUUAUCAGCAGGAAUAAAGCUUCUUCCAUUAUCAAUCCUGGAGCUACGGGCUCCGUCAGCUGGGGAGGAAACUUCAUUAAAAAUGCUGCCCCUACCACCAAGCCCAAGAAGGGCGAAAUCCUCAAAGCUACUCGUAUCCCCAAGAACCAGCUUCUCGAUCUUAUUUUCGAUUGUUUCCGUCAAUAUCAGUACUGGUCGAUGAAGGCCCUGCGGCAGAGAACCCAGCAGCCGGAUUCUUAUCUGCGCCAGGUCUUGGAGGAAGUUGCCGUUCUCAACAAGAGCGGCCCAUUUGCCAACCACUACUGCUUGAGUGAAGCUUACCGAGAUAAAGGUGGCAAUGAUGCUAAAGAGGCUGCCGCAGAGGCUAUGGAUGACGAUGGUGAUGAUGACGAGGGCGAAGAAAUGGAGGAUGUGCUG